AUCAUCAUCGCUGUGAGCCAGCUUAUCGCUGAUGUGGCGCUAACCGGCAGCUCACGUUUCCAGGAUUCACUGUCCAUCAUCAACAACUUUGCCAACAGUGAUAAAGUCAUGAAGACCACAACGUUUCCAUCUGAAGUGAAGGGUCUGACGAUGAGAAUUCGUACGGUUUUAAUGGCCACCGCUCAGAUGCGCGAGCACGAGAAAGACCCGGAAAUGCUGCUCGACCUGCAGUACAGUCUCGCCCGCUCGUACGCCAGCACUCCCGAGCUCAGGCGGACCUGGCUGGACAGCAUGGCGCGAGCACACAGUAAGAACGGGGACUUUUCUGAGGCUGCUAUGUGUAACGUUCAUGUUGCUGCAUUGGUGGCAGAGUAUUUGCACAGGAAAAAGCUGUUCCCGAGUGGACUGGCAGCUUUUAAGAGAAUCACCCACAACAUUGAUGAAGAAGGCGCUAUGAAAGAAGAUGUAGGGAUGCAAGAUGUGUACUACACUGAGGAUGUCCUGGUUGAGCAGUUGGAGGUGUGUGUUGAGGGUCUAUGGAAAGCCGAGAGGUUUGAACUCAUAACACACAUUGCGAGACUCAUAAUUCCUGUUUACGAGAAACGGCAUAAGUUUGAGAAACUGAGGAGAUUGUAUGACACACUGCAGCGAGCUUAUGCGAAGAUAUUAGAGGUAAUAAAGUCUGGCCGACGUCUGCUGGGGUCUUACUUUAGAGUCGCCUUUUAUGGACAGGGCUUCUUUGAAGAAGAGGAUGGAAAAGAGUACAUUUACAAAGAGCCAAAGCUCACAAAGCUUCCUGAAAUUUCCCAUCGCCUCACAAGCCUCUACGGAGAAAAGUUUGGAGCAGAAAACGUCAAAAUCAUCCAAGACUCCAACAAAGUUAACCAGAAAGAUCUGGACCCAAAGUUUGCCUACAUUCAGGUCACGUAUGUCAAGCCCUUCUUUGAUGAGAAAGAGCUGGUGGAGAGGAAGACGGACUUCGAGAAGUGCCAUAACAUCAAUCGCUUUGUCUUUGAGACUCCGUUCACACUCACGGGGAAGAAACAAGGAGGAGUUGAGGAGCAGUGCAAGCGGAGGACGGUACUUACCACGGCCAACACAUUUCCCUAUGUAAAGAAGCGCAUCGAGGUAGUGGGAGAGAAGAACUUGGAGCUGAAGCCGAUCGAUGUGGCAAUAGAUGAGAUGAGAGAGAGGAGUGUUGAACUCGCUAAGCUCUGCUCUAAUCAGGAGGUUAACAUGAUCACGCUGCAACUCAAACUCCAAGGCUGUGUUAGUGUGCAGGUGAACGCGGGACCGAUGGCCUAUGCCCGAGCUUUCCUGGAUGAAUCCAAAUCAGGUCAACCCAAUAAGAAAGUCAAGGAGCUCAAAGAAAUAUUCAGGCAAUUUGUCAAUGCAUGCAGUAUGGCUCUGGACAUUAAUGAGAGACUGAUUAAAGAGGAUCAGUACGAGUAUCACGAGGGACUAAAGGCUAACUUCAAAAGCAUGGUCAGAGAACUGUCUGAAAUCAUCCAUGAGCAGAUCUUCCAGGAGGAUAUGAUGCGUUCGCUGCUGCAGAACUCUCUCCACGUGUUCCAUGCCAUCAGUGGAACCUCCACCUGAUCUAGAACCGGAUGCUCGUUCCUGGACUCACACCUGAAUGUACGAAUCAAGAUGCCCGGCCUUCAACAAGCAUCCCAUCAGAGAACACGAACGUCAGCCGCUUUUCCACGUUUGUUUUUACAAUUCAUUUUAAAGGAAACAUUCCCGCUCUUAUCGUGUGACGUGUUUGCCUCGAUGUUGGCUCAUGUUGCCCAGCUCUUUUAAAAUUGUUUCAACCUUUACCCUCUGAUCAUUAUGGAAGCUUAUUUCCACCACAUAAGAAAAACAUCAUGCUUUGGUCAAUCAUAAUUCGGACAUAAAAGGUUAUGGUUAUGACUUAAAAAGGUGAAAUUGGCAAUGCAAUGAUAGCAUUAAGUACGGAAUACUCCACUUUUUUUGGAAAUAGGGUCAUUUUACAACUCACCCAGAGUUAAACAGUCACCAUUUUCGA